AAUUGCGCGUGUUUUAAUAUGCAUGAUGAAUAUUCACUGCUGUUCAAAGUGGACGUCUAUUGGAAUUAAAAAGAUCAUUUGUCUUUUGCUGUGCACAUCAGUGGCUUGUUUUAUAACUUAUCGAGUACAUGUUUGGUUAAAACAUUACGACAGUUUGGCAUCAAAGAUGAUUAUCUCAGCAUACGAUGAUCAUCAAAGUAAUUUGCCUUUUCCAUUGAUCAGUAUCUGUAAUAUCAAUCCAGCAAGGGGAACUAAACUUUACAAUAUUCAGUCAACUGAGUCACAAGAUCGCGGGGUUGACUACGAAAUUUUCUCAGAUGCUUUUCAAGGGCGUUCAAAUGAAAAUAUUCCGGAAAGUAAACUUCAAAUGCCAAUUUUCAAACUCAUGGACAGAGCAUCCCAUCGCAUAGAUCAAAUGUUAAGACGUUGUAAAAUUGGUCAAAGGCAUUGUUCCGUGUUGAAUUUUACAAAGAGUAUUCUACCGAAUGGUGCUUGUUAUACACUGUCUGGAAAUUUAACCGGUAUAGACGAAGUUCAAUUAGUGUUGGAUCCGCAAAGCUAUGAUUAUUUGGUACCGAAUCAAGGAUUUAUUGGUUUUCGUAUUUUAUUGCAUGGUCAUGGUGAUUCUUUAUGGUCUCUAAUACCGACUGCUAUUUAUGCUGGUCCAACAUUCCAUACUAUGUUACGUGCAGUUGGCCUUAAGAAGAUUUAUAAACAACAUUGUACAAGUCAAUCAAUCUGGUCUAGUUGUAUGCAUGAGUGUAUGCAAGAAAUGUUAUUAGAAAAAUGUCAAUGUCAAUUGCCAGAUUGUACUGUAUUUGAAAUGAUGAAAUGUGGUCUCACUAUGAAUUCAAUGAUUGAAUCUCUAUCACCAGUUCAAUGUCGAUGUCAUAAUCCUUGUGAAGCUAUAUCUUAUUCCGUGGAAUCUAUAACACAAGCACUGAAAUCACCAUUAUUAUUUACACAUUCUUUAAAUCUAUUUACUAAAAUCAAUGAAACCAACUUUGUAUCAAAUGCAAACUUUCAAUUAUCUACUGGCCAACAGUAUUUAAAUGAUAAAACUCUGCCGCAAAAUCAACAUGUACCAAUUGUUUCUGAAGAAAAUGAUGAUUAUGAGCAUAAUGAUAACAAGAAUAGCAAUCAUCAUAAUAACAAAAAUGAUCAAGAAUUGAAUUUAAGCCAACCGAAACAAUUUUUGCACAUGUAUAAAAAAGAAAUAUGGGAAGGCUUACUCCUUCAGACAUGGGCAUUUCUACGUGAAGCUAAUCGUACAGCAUUUGAACAACUAAGACAACUUUCUCGUCUUUUGCAAAGUUUAAAUUUAGAUUUACAAACAGUAGAACGUGCUGUACAUAAAGUUCACAGAAAACAUAGAUUCACUGUAGAAGCCAAUGAUUUAAUGCUUUGGGAUAGUGAACGUCUGCCAACAAACAAACAUUCAUCAGAUAGAUCUAGUGGAUUAUGUAUGGAUAGUGAAGAACAUUCUCGUAUGCUGGAAAGAGUCAGUCGUUUAGGAAAAGAAUUCGUUCGCCUUUUUAGACAAAGCAUUUUAUUUCGUGACAUAACAUUAGUCCCGGGACUGGAUUUUCAUAUUCAUCUUGUACGUUUGUUUUUUCUACACAUUGUCGACCAAUUGGAUCGUCUUGCUAAUCAAUUAUUACAAAACGACUUGUUUUCUGAUGUGACAAUGCUUGAUUUACAACGUAAAACACAUCAGUGCAAACAGACGAAUAACCAAUUUAUUUACAAUGAUACUACUAGUUGGGAAAAUCAGUUAGGUCAAUCACAUUUAACUGUUGCCAGUGAAGAUAUAGCCAGUCUUCAAGCUGUACUAUUAGCUACCGAUUCGCAAUUCAAACAAUUAAGAACAGUGUUUUCCAAGCUAGUUUUGGAUAAUCAUGAAUUAAUUGAAACUGUUCCAAUUAAUCGAGCUAGUUUAAAUGCUAAACCAGAUAGUUUGAUCAGAUUAGUCAGUAUUACAAUACAAUUGACAAGGGAUAAAAAUCGUCUGAUACGUUUAGAAUCAGUACAAGCAAUUUAUAGUCCAAUUGCUGAACUAUUGGAUCUUAUUGUAUCUGGUCUGCUGCUUGCAUUUCUAUCAAUAUUCCUUUUAAAUAUUUGUGUUUCAUCACAACCAACUAAUUCAGAUUCUCGUUAUUCUGACUGUUGUUGUUGUUCAACAUUCAUUAAUAAAUCUACCGAUUUCAAAUCAUGUGAAUCACCGAAAUUGAUUAAUCAUACUAAUUUACCAAGAAGUUCAUAUGUGAAUUGUAAUUCAGACAAUGACAGUUCUAGUAAACAUCCAUCAAAACUUACUACAAUGUCAUAUAAAAAUUAUAGUGAUUUAAUAUCAGCUGAUAUCGCACAGAAAAAACCUACAAUGAAUUCAAUUUAUUUUUAUGAUUCUCAUCAACAAGAUGGUGGAGUUCCAAUUUCAAAUAAAUGUAUACUAGCUAGUUUACCAAUUACCAAUAAUAAACCAUGUACAAAACGAUUUGGUGAAACUUGUCUACACAGUUUCAAUAUAUGUCCAAAUGAAUCAGCACAAUAUGUGACACACAAUCUUUCGGUCCUACCGGAAUCAUCGAUGACAUUGCCAAAAUGGGACAAUAAAGUUCUGCAAAUCGAUGGAGAUGCUUUUAAUUGUAUGAAUGUAUCUGAUCAUUCUACCGUUGAAUGUGAAGUUGACCAGCCACUUGUGAACACAAAUCAUCAUUAUUCAUGUCAUCAAGAACAAUCAUUUCCACGACAACUACAACAACAAAGUCAACCAGUAAAUCAUCAACAAAAUGGCGUCAAUGAAUCCUGUAUUAAUUUUUGUGAUUGUUUCUAUUCUAUGGAAGAUAAUACACGAACAGAUUCUACAUCAUACUUGAAUUCAAAUAAACUGCUAUUUUGUACUAACCAUUCAACUAUUGGAAGGAAUAGUUCCUCCAGUAGAAAAUCAACUGAUAUUAAUUAUAAUCCAAAUGAAGCAGUGAAUAGUUUAACUAGACCUUCACAACUACAAGAGACAACAUUGCUGAAUAAAAAUACACCGAAUAUUUUAUCGACACAUCAAUUGCCAUUUAGUGUUGAUUUACUUCAAUCAUCACAAUUCUUAGAUGAUAAAACAACAUUAGUUAUAAAUACUACGCAUUAAAAUAGACACUAGAAUAGAGAGUAUAAUAGAUAAUUGGUAAAGUUUCCCCUCCGAAAAAAUAAAAAAAUCAGAAUAGAAAAUAUUCAUCAGUUUAUCAUUGUGCAUAAUAAUCCAAAUCAUUCAAAUUGAAUAUAUAGUAGAAUUCUCUUUUAUUUUCUCUUCAUUUCCAGUGUGUAUGUAUCUUCAUUAAUUUUUUUUUGUAUGGUGAUACAGAGUUGGAAUUUCAGUCAAUAAAACAUUAAAUCAAUAGAUUUAUUGGUCAACUUUUUUUUUUCAAUUUGUAUCUUUAGUCCAUAUCAGAUUCCUUUUAGGACAUUCAUUUAUACGUUGUGUUUAACAUAUUUUGAAAGUAUAGAGAGACAUUUAAUUAUUUGAUUAUUUGAUUAUUGCACUUGUUAAAUC